GGCGCUGGUCAGCGCCUUCGGGCCCGGCAUGCGCGCGCGGAGCCGCGGGCACAUCGUCAACAUCUCCUCCGUCGCGGGCCACGAGUGCUACGUGGGCGGCUCCGCGUACUGCGCCACCAAGCACGCGGUCAACGCCUUCACUAUCGCGUCCCGCCACGACCUCGCGGGCACGCCCAUCCGGGUGACCGCCAUCAGCCCGGGCAUGGUGGACACCGAGUUCUCGCAGGUGCGCUUCGGCGGCGACGCCGAGAAGGCCAAGAAGGUCUACGAGGGCAUCCUGCCCCUGGUCGCCGAGGACAUCGCCGACCAGAUCAUCUUCGCGACGACGCGGCCGAGGCACGUGCAGAUUGCAGACAUCAUCUCGUACGCUACCAAUCAAGGCCAUGCCAAGUACGUGGUCGAGCGGAAGGGCGCCACGAUGGGGGCCUUGUGACCACAGAGAGCCCGCCCUCGCCUUCCUCCUCCCUCCUCCCUCCUGCCUCCUCCCUCCUCCCUCCCUCCUCCUCCUCCUCCUCC